UGCGCACUGUGCGGGGACGAGGUGGCGGCGCGUGCGCCGGGCAGCACUUCCGCCCUUUCCCCAGCCCGGGGUCGUCCCGACGCUUUUGCGGCAGCCGUAAGUGCGCGGCGGCGCCCGGCGGAGCGGGGCGGGCGGCGGCGCCGCGAUGAGGCCGCAGCAGGCGCCGGUGUCGGGGAAAGUGUUCAUCCAGCGCGACUAUAGCGGCGGGACGCGCUGCCAGUUCCAGAGCAAGUUCCCCGCCGAGCUGGAGAACAGGAUUGACAGGCAGCAGUUCGAGGAGACUGUCCGAACACUCAACAACCUCUACGCAGAAGCUGAAAAACUUGGGGGCCAAUCCUACCUUGAGGGGUGUCUCGCCUGUCUGACUGCCUACACCAUCUUCCUGUGCAUGGAGACGCACUAUGAAAAGGUUCUAAAGAAAAUUGCCAAGUUCAUUCAGGAACAGAAUGAGAAGAUCUAUGCUCCUCAGGGUCUCCUCCUGACAGACCCCAUCGAAAGAGGACUAAGGGUUAUUGAAAUUACCAUUUAUGAAGACAGAGGUAUGACCAGUGGAAGAUAAAGCUGUGGAGGCUCAGACAGCUCAGCAGUGGACGUGCUCCACCCACGUUCCCCUACCUCCUCCUCUAGAGCAUCAUUCCUCUCUCUGCUGCCAGAUCCACGGUGCCAUCUACUACAAGGACUAAAUUCCUAAAACUGCUACACAUGGCAUGACCCAGCUGGUCAGCAUCCAUUUUGUGGCAAACUUCUAAGCAAUGAGAUCACUUUUUUGGUUUGUUUGUUUGGGUUUUUUUUCCAAGAAAAAGCAGAACUGGUAAAGCUACGUACUCUUCUGAAAGAAUUGGGGCACUUGGCCCAGCAGAAUUCUAGGUUUAGUCACCUCAGUGCAGUGCUGUUCCUCCCUAGUUCCAAACCAUCACUUAGGCUUUGGAAAGCCACAAGGCAGAGUGGGAAAUUUCCCAGGAUUGAGGCCUCCCAUGCCCAGUGCCUCUGCCUGGCAAGAACUGACUCAAGGCAAAGGGCGUCUUGCAUUUCCUGUACUGAUUUUUGUGGAAAACCAGAAGGUAAAGUGUUACUUGUUUUAACAUUUUGGUUGUUCCUAGAAAGGGGAGGAAUAGCUGGACUUUAAUACUGGUGUUUUUUCUACUACUGUUCCUGUGCUGUUGUUGCAUCUGUCCAUGCUCACCAGGAGAGGGGGGUCUAUUCAUUCAUAAAACAGUAAGUACAAUAAAAUGGAUGCUGAACCAAUAAACGUAACAAUUCCUACCCUGCUCUGAUUUAGUAUGUGAAGUGUAAAACUGUUUCUUUAUGGAUUUAUUAUAUAUAAUUUAUAGGAAAACAUCGAUUUGACAAACUGUUAGAUGUUGUGUAAGAUGGUUUAAUUCCCUCUGCUGCCACACUCUUGAGCAGAACUCUGCAUUAUUUAGCAUCCUCCGUGCAUCAACAUUCCUCAGCAAUACCUGCAGAAGUAAAAUCCCUACAAACCAAACUGGCUUAAUAUUUUUCUCUUCUAUCCUUUUCCCUUAUCAAAGCAAGAAUGUCCUGGUUUAGGUUCUGAGAGUCAUUCUCCAAAUUUUAGGAGUUAAGGCAUUUAGAAAAGGAGACAACUUACCAGAACAGAUGCUGUGCUCUGCUGGUGGUGCUGUAGGUGCUAAUUCUGGAUCUGGAAUUCCAGGCUUAUUACUCAGCCACUGAUUUUUUUUUUUUUUUUUUUGGGUUUUUGUUUUGAGAUUUGUUUAAUAUUUUAAUUGUAUAAAACUUGGGUGUUUUUUUUCUAAACUGUAACAAGUGUUUGCCUUUCACAUCUGUUGCGAUAUUGGCAGAAGUACUAAUGGAUGAGUAAAUCUUUUCUUAAACCGUG